AUGACCGUACAACUCCCACCAGAUCCUCGAUUGAAAAGUCCAUCCCACUACAACCAAGAAGAUGUUAUCACUGUAGUGACAGAGUUCUAUCGGUUUCUUACCACCCUUGUCUUUUAUGAGCCCGCCGACAUUCUCUAUCCACCCCCGGAAGGAUGGCCACAGGUACGGGAAAAGUUGGCCCCAUGGCACAAGACCGACGAGGUGGUUGAACUGCUACGCCAUCUCCCGUAUCUUGAUUCUAGGCUUGGUAUUUGGAAGAUUAUACCAUGGUCCCGGCCGUGUGAUUACAUUAGUCGAGACCUUCGAUUCAAUAAUCCUGUUACGCAAUUUCCUCCUUGGGUAAUCAACCUCACAAAAUCCUCCAGGAUCGGCGUCAACCUGAUGUUAGAUACAUCCGACGAGAGUAUCUGGAGAAAUAUAUGGUCUGAUGACUAUUCAGGCCAUACGUGA